AUGAAGACGAUUGUGGCAGGGAGCCCGCGGCUCUUCCUUCUCGCCCUGUGUCUUGUGGGCACCCUGUGGUCCACCCACUGCAUUAACCUGCCCGGCUCUGGUCAGGACUCCUCGUCUGCGCUCUGGUCGGCCUGGGCCGAUGGGUAUCAGUACAAGGCGGACAACGUGCUGCUCAAAUACACUGCGACCUCGUCGCUGAUGACGGCGGGUACGCAGCUGACCAGCGGCUCCGUCGGGUUUGUGAGCACCGACGGCAGGCCCCCAGCCGGGCUGUGGCCAGACGACGGCGAUGACGAAACCGUAGCGUCGGUGCCCGUGGCCGGCGGCGCGCUGGUGGUCGUCUUCAACCUCCCCGGCAGUCCAGCACUCACGCUGGACGGGGCUACGCUGGCGCGGGUGUGGCUCGGCGAGGUCACGCAGUGGAACGACUCAGCCAUCGCGGCGCUCAACCCAUUGGUUACGCUCCCGAGCGACAACAUCACCAUGAGCUACACAGCCGGCAGCGGCGAUGGCAUAACGCAGCUGUUCCGGCGGGCGCUUGUGGCCUUCAAUUCGACCUUCACCAGUGCCGAUGCAGACUUUGCCAGCCUGCUGCCCGCACAGGAGGGCCGGGCCUUCAGCGCCACCAACGCCUCCGGCCGUCUAGACUAUGUCAAGAACACGGCGUAUAGCGUGACCUAUGUGGAGUACUCGAGCACCGUGCGCGGCACCCUGCCGUACUUUUCCAUGAAGAACAGAGCCAACCAGGUCGUCACGCCAUCGACCUCGUCCGUUCAGGCCGCCAUGACUGACUACACGGCCGCCGUCAAAGAUGACCUGGCGGGCGACAUCUUCAACGGCCCUGGUACCAACUCGUGGCCGAUGGCCUACGUCGUGGUGGCAUCGCUGCUCCGCACCUCGGUCGUGUCCGGUGACGACUGCACGGCCAUCGAGGCGCUGGUCGAGCUGCUCAGCUGGACGCAAGUCAACGACCGCGCGGCGACGGCCGUCACCGCGGCCAAGUUCUUCCCGCUCACCAUCCUCUACUACAAGCGCGUGAUCGACCAGCUGGGCAGCGUCGUCUGCGCGGGCAGCCGGGCGCUGGGCGGCACGGCCUUCCUCAUCGGACAGGGCACAUCGCUGCAGUCCAUCAGCGACUGGGUGCAGUCCUACAGCUCCGACGAUUUUGUGCUCAAGUACUUUACGUCCAACACGGUCACCGCCCUGGGCAACCUUGCCGAAGGCGACCUGGACUUCUCGAUCGGCCUCAAGGACGGGUUCGGCGUGGCGGGCCUGGAAGACGUGCAGGCCUUCGAAGGAGUCUCAUUUGCCGUGUUCCCCGUUUACAACAUUCCUGAGCUGGUGGGCCACCCUGCGCUGGUGCUCAAUCUCUCGAUCCUGGCCGAUGUGUACCUCAACCGGGUGACCUAUUGGGAUGACGCCAAGAUCGUAGCGCUGAAUCCAACGCUCCCGCUGCCCCACAUGCCCAUCCGCACCAUAGUGCAGACCACUCUCUCAGUCAUCACUUCGGUCUUCACUUCCACCCUGUCCACGUUCGACGCCGAGUUCAACUCUACGGUGGGCACGGCGUACAACGUGACGUACCCAAUCCAAACGGCCAACAACAACACCCUCUCGGUGGCCCUCACCGCAGCGCCGCUGCUGGCCCUGUGUGGCUCGACCCCGUACUCCAUGACCUGGACGCUGAGCGGCAACGCCAACGCCAAUGCAGCGCGCGUCUCGCUGGUCAACCCGCGCGGUAAUGCGGUCCAGGUCAACGCCACCACCGUGCUCUCGGCCGUCCAGAGCCAGAUCAACUCCACCAACAACCUCUACGUGCUCUCGACGGGUGCGGACAGCUGGCCGAUGGUGGCGAGCCUGCCGUUCCUGCUGCCCCUGUCGUCGACGGUGGACUGCCAGAAGGCGAGCGCGCUGGUGAACUGGAUCUACUGGGUCUCGACCUCGGCCAAGGCCUUCUCGCUGGCCUCCCGGACCGACGCCGUGUCGUCGGGUCAGGUGCCCGAGCUCCAGCGACGACUCCUGACCGAGCUGGCCAACGUGACCUGCGGUGGCGAGCACAUGCUGGCGGUGUGGUCGUGCAUUUCGGGCGGGGAGCUGUGUUCACAGGUCGGCACCUGUGUGACGGGCCAGUGCCAGUGCGACCCGGGCUUCAGGGGGACCUACUGCCAAACAAACGGAACCACGUCUUCUGACGACACCGAGCUUGCCCUCAUCCUCGGAAUAACUCUGCCGGGAACGGCUGUCGCGGUGGCGUUCUUGUUCUGCUUGAUAUGGGCUCUGGUCAUGCUGCUGCAACGCGGCCAGCGCAAGAAGCACGAGUGGGACAUCAACUGGGCCGAGCUCGAGGUAGGGGAGGAGCUGGGCAUGGGCGGCCACGGCGAGGUGUUCAAGGCCAAAUGGCGCGGCACCGAGGUCGCCGUCAAGAUGCUGGCCGGCAACGUAACCGUCACCAAGGAAAUGCAGCGCUGCUUCACCGAUGAGGUUAACGUGCUCGUGAUGACCAAGUUGAGGCACCCGAACGUGGUGCUGUUCAUGGCGGCGUCGACCAAGCCGCCCAAGAUGUGCAUCGUCAUGGAGUUCAUGGCCCUCGGCUCCCUCUACGACUUGCUGCACAACGAGCUGAUCCCGGAGCUGCCGUUCAAGCUCAAGGUCAAGAUGGCCUACCAGGCGGCCAAGGGCAUGCACUUCCUCCACUCGUCGGGCAUCGUGCACCGCGACCUCAAGUCCCUCAACCUGCUCCUCGACGCCAAGUGGAACGUCAAGGUGAGCGACUUUGGUUUGACCAAGUUCCGAGAUGACAUCAAGAAGGGGAGCCCGGACGAAGGCGCCGGCACGGUGCAUUGGACGGCGCCCGAAGUGUUGAGCGAGACGGGCGACGCCGACUUCGUGUUGGCCGAUGUCUACUCCUUCGGUAUCAUCAUGUGGGAGCUGCACACGCGCAGACAGCCCUACUUUGGCAUGAGCCCUGCGGCGAUCGCUCUGUCGGUGAUUCGCAACAACCUGCGGCCGGACAUGAUGGACCCGGUGCCACCCGAAGCGCAGGACUUUGUGGAGCUGAUGCGGACGUGCUGGCACGAGGACCCCACCAUCCGCCCCACGUUCCUCGAGAUCAUGACCCGCUUCAGCUCCUACUCCGACACCCUGCGGUCGGACACCGAGCGAAACUCGAGCUCUUCGACUGGCGGUUCGCGCUUGGCAUCGUUGACGGGCACGCAAACCAGCUCCGACUCCUCCGCCUCGUCGAGCCGGGCCUCGGUCGCCGCUGUCGGCUUGCGGCCGCCCGAAGGUGGUGAUCGUAUUCUCGGACAUCACGCGAUCAGCUUCGCUGUGGGAGCACAACCCGGAGGCCAUGCGCGACGCCACAUCAAUGCACAACGAGCUGCUGCGCUCGCUGGCGACCAAGUACGGCGGCUACGAGGCCGGCGUGGGCCGCGAGCGCAACACGGGCGAGGGCUCCUUCUGCCUCGUGUUCUCCCGGGCCGUCGACGCCCUCCGCUGGUGCGCCGACGCCCAGAUCGCCCUGCUCGCGCUGCCCUGGGCGCCGGGCUGCUCUCCCACCCGGGCGCUGCCGAGGAGCAUAACGAGCUGAUGGACGACCGGGUGGUCUAUCGCGGCCUCCGGGUGCGCAUGGGCAUGCACGCCGGCAGCCCGCGCGUGGUCAAGGACGCCAUGACGCGGCGCGUCGAAUACACGGGUGCCGUGGUGAACGCCGCGGCGCGCAUGACCGCGCUCUCGCACGGCGGCCAGGUCAUGGUGUCGCAGCAGGCGCGCAACAAGCUCCGCACCGAGUUCGCCUCGGCCUCGCUCAACGACUCGGUCCUCCCCGAGCUCAUGGAGGCCAAGCGGCUCAAGAAGAUUGGCCGCUUCAACCUUCCUGACACCCCUGGCGGCACGAGUCUGUACGAGCUCAAGGUACCGGGCCUGGAGAGCCGCUUCUUCGGCGGAGUGUCGACUCAGAAGGACCACGACGACGGCGCCGCCAGCGGCUCCGACAGCGAUCGCUCGGCCUCGACGGAGAGCGACUGCGAGAUGCUACAGAGCGUGGGCGAGGGCAUGCUGUUCCGGGAGGACCACUUCCUGACGUCGGCCAACCUGUGCCGCUGGAUCAUCGAUUUCAAGGAGGUCCAGCUCGGCGACCAGGUGGGCAUGGGCAGCUACGGCGCCGUGUACAAGGGCACGUGGAAGGGCGUGGCGGUGGCGGUGAAGAAGUUCAUCAAGCAAAAGCUGGACGAGCGGCGCAUGCUCGAGUUCCGCGCCGAGAUGGCCUUCCUCUCCGAGCUGCACCACCCCAACAUCGUUCUCUUCAUCGGGGCGUGCAUGAAACCGCCCAACUUGGCGAUCCUGACGGAGUUCGUGAAGCGGGGCAACCUCAAGGAGAUCAUCAACGAUCCCAACACCAAGCUGUCCUGGAUGCAGAAGCUGGGCAUGCUCAAGAGCGCCGCGCUGGGCAUCAACUACCUCCACUCCCUCUCGCCCGUGAUCGUGCACCGAGACCUGAAGCCGUCGAACCUGCUGGUGGACGAGAACUGGAACGUGAAGGUGGCCGACUUCGGGUUCGCGCGCAUCAAGGAGGAGAACGUCACCAUGACCCGCUGCGGCACUCCCUGCUGGACCGCGCCGGAGGUGAUUCGAGGGGAGAAGUACAGCGAGAAGGCCGACGUGUACAGCUUCGGCGUGGUCAUGUGGGAGGUGGCGACGCGCAAGCAGCCCUUCGCCGGGCGCAACUUCAUGGCGGUCACCAUGGACGUGCUCGAGGGCAAGCGGCCCAAGAUUCCCGCCGACCUGCCCCACCCGUUCAAGAAGAUCAUCAAAAAUUCAUGGCACGGCGUGGCGACGAAACGGCCGACAAUGGAACGUGUCAUCGAGACGCUGGAAGCGCUGGAGAGCAACAACGGCGCUGCGCCCCCCGGCAACACGACCGUGUAA